CAAGGAUGGCGGUAAUGACCGAGGACGGUAGUGUCGGCUCAAGUGAAACGAGACCAUUGAAGAAAUUACAGCAAUCUAAUGGAAAGAAAUCUAGUGCUAAUGGCAAAAUAAACAAUCAUGAAAAUAUAUACUCGAAGUCUACUCAGCCCAGUAGUCACGAGAAGAAGGCGCCACCCAUACCGCCCCUGGACUGGAAGAAAUUUGGCGACACGGAGGAGUCGUUCGAGCGCUGUUCACUCAUCACUGCAGCCCUCACGCAGUUCAGCUUCUUUCUCAUCAUCUUCUUGAGCUACAUAAACCAGUUGCUCUUCCCGCCCAAGGUCGCCACGGAGAGGAAUAGAGAGGGCUACGCGCCACUAUACAACCCUUUCGACCAGUUCUACUCGCGCUACGUGUACCGGCGGGUGCGACACUGCUUCAACCGCCCAGUUUGCUCCACGCCCGAAGCGGAGAUCACGCUGAAAGAGCGCGCCACUGACGAUUACAACUGGACAUUUAGGUUCACUGGCCGCGAGCUGAAAUGCGUGAACCUAGGCUCGUACAACUACCUGGGGUACCGCGGCGGCAAUGCAGACGUGGAAGCGGCCACUCGCCGCUACGGGAUCUCGCUGAGCUCGUCCCGGGCGGAGCUGGGAACCUGCCCUCUACAUUCUCAGCUCGAGUCUGAGCUGGCCGAGUUCCUCGGGGUCGAGGCAGCAGUGGUGGUAGGCAUGGGUUUCGCCACCAACUCUCUCAUGCUGCCGGGCUUACUGUCUCCCGGCGCGCUAGUCCUCAGUGACGAGAACAACCACGCGAGUCUCAUAUUGGGGCUGAGACUGGCUGGCGUCACUGUGAGGGUGUUCCGACACAAUGACAUGAGGCAUCUUGAACAGUUAGCGAGGAAAGCGAGAGCGGAGGGGAAGUGGGAGAAGAUUGUUAUUGUAGUAGAAGGCGUGUACAGUAUGGAGGGCUCCGUAGCAGCGCUGCCAGCCGUGAUAGCUCUAAAGAAACGUCUCGGCCUGCAGCUGUACCUCGACGAGGCACACAGUAUAGGAGCCACCGGCGCUCGCGGCCGCGGCGCUACUGACGCGUGCGGCGUUGAUCCUAAAGACGUUGAUGUGCUUAUGGGGACGUUUACGAAGAGCUUUAGGGCUGCGGGAGGAUAUAUCGCGGGUUCCCGGCAGCUGGUGAACUGGGUGCGCUUGCACGGGCACGCGCAUGCGUACGCGCACAGCAUGGCGCCGCCCGUCGUCGCGCAGGUGCUCAGCGCGCUGCGCGACCUGCGCGCGCCGCCCGGCCAGGCCAGGGUGGCCGCGCUCAGCGACAACACCAAAUACUUCCGGGAACGGUUACGUGCAAUGGGAGUAGUGACGUACGGACACCCGCAGUCGCCCGUGGUCCCCAUGAUGGUGUACUCGUUCAGCAAGAUGGCCGCCUGCGUGGAGCGGCUCACGGCGGCCGGCGUGGCCACCGUCGGCGUCGGCUUCCCCGCCACGCCGCUGCACCAGGCCCGCAUACGGUUCUGUCUAUCAGCGGCUCACACACGAGAGCAACUUGACAAAGCGCUGGCGGCCAUCGAAGCGGCGGCCGACGAGCUCGGCCUACGGUACUCGCGCCUUCCGCGCGUGACGCACUAGCUUUACUUUACGCUUACGGCUAUAAUCAUGGUGGGAGCGAGACAGGUGCAUGUAUGUACGUUGUCCUGCUUGCACACUGGAGCGGCGUGAAAACUGCCUUGGCGUACGAAAGUAUGCGAGAUUACUCAAUAAAUUAUUUUAUUAAGUUG